AUGUCCCACUUUGUUCCUAAAACAUUCCUAUGUACACUAUUAUUAUGUGUAGUCCUAAAUCCUUAUAAGAGUACCUCUUCCCCAAUAUGUACGGAAAACAGAAUAAAUCAUGAUGUCUUGAACAGCAAAUGUGGAGCAUCCCUGCAGGCGCCAUAUGCGCCGUCGCAGGAUGACCUGAGCUUGCCAGCACAAUUUAAUCAACAGAAUGCACGUCAUCAGUGUGUGGUCCAAAAAUAUGCAGGCAAGCAGAAUUCAGUAAAAUGUACGCUGGCCGAAAAUGCACUCGUUAACCGAAUUGUGUCGAAUGAAUUGAACAACUCCACCAAAUUACGGAAUGUAGGUUCGUACACUGAAAGCAAUGUAAAAGGUGUUAGAACAAAUGACUCGACGGGAAAAAAACAACAACAACAACAUGGACCAUACAACCCACCAAACACACCACCACAACAACAACCACAUCGAGCAUCGAACCCACCACCGCCGGAACCAUCUACACCACCGUGGCCACCACCACGACCAUUCAACUCACCAGACACACCAUCACAAGAAACGGAACAUCCACCACAACAGCAGGCACAACAGGGACUGCAAUCACCACCCCUUACAUCUACACCACGAGUACCACCGUGCAUAGACGCAUCGAACGGAGGUGGGAAACAGAGUCGAGUACCGUCCUUGUUAAAUGAAAUAAAAGAAACAUUAUUGAUCAGACCACAAAUAAUUGAAGCAAAAUUAAAAAACUUAGAACAAGCUUUACUAAAUAAUAAAUUAAUAACAGAAUCCAAAUUACAGGAAGUGAAGCAGGUCCUAUCCGAUAGGGAACUAAUAGGAAAAAAGAAAAGGAGCGUUUUCAAAGUCUUGAAUGAAAAUUUUUUAAGCAAUCCAUCUAUACGAAAAUUAAUGCUAAAAGAAUUAGAAGACAUUUUGUUAGGAAAUGAAUUAAACACCGAAUACAUUUUAAGUGUAUUAAAUAAAAAUAAGUUUAGUAAGAGAUUGGCCUAUUUGCCUUUAUUAAAUAUAUUUGGAAGAUUCAUCAUCUCCAGAAAAUUAAUAGAUGAAUCGAAAUUAAAAGAAUUAAAAGGGGUUUUGCUAAGUGACCAACCUAUCACAGAAUCGCAAUUACAUGAAUUAAAAGUGUUGCUGGUGAAUGUAUUACAUAAUAUCAAUAAUGCAGAUAAUAACGCAACAUCACAAAAAAAAGUAAGUAAUUAUCACAUCAUUCGUCCUGUUCCUCCGGACGUGGAUGCGUAUUACUUUUCACAACGACCUUUUGAUUCGGCAAUCAAUGUGGAUGCGCGAUACCCUGACCACCAUUUACUGCAAAAUGUGCAUUCAAACAAGAAUCGUAACGCCUUGUCCAGAAGGGAACCUUUCAAUAGUGAUGCAUUUAUAAGAAGGGCCAAUUUGAAAGGGAGAGAAAAUUUAUCUCUGGAGGUAAACCGUUCCCGGAGGACAAAAAAAGAUGCACACUAUAAAAGAAAUGUGUCGCAAAAAGCAGAUUUGGUAAAAAAGAAUGAACUGUUAAAAAAGAAGGUUUUGAGGGAGGCCGAUUUGGUGAAAGAGAAUGACCUGUUGGAAAAGAGGAUCUUGAGAAAGGACCAUUUGAUAGGAACAAGUAAUCUGAAAAGAGGUCAUACCAUUUUUCUCCCAAAAUAUGGAGACUCCAUAGAUGAAAAUUCAGCUAUAGACAGAAGAGAAAUAUUACAAAAAAAUGAGUUAAUAGAAAAAAUCCAUGUAAAGAAGGAUAUUAAGGAAUUGACACCAAAGAGGAAUUCGCUAGAAAAAGUUCCUGUGGAAAUCACCCCAAAAGACAAAUUACCACCAAAGGGCAAUUCCUUGGAAAAGGUGAUUCCUGUGCAAAUCACCCCAAAAGACGACAAAUUACCAAACAGAGAACCUCUGGUAAAAGUUCCUGUGGAAAUCACCCCAAAAGACGACAAAUUACCAAAGAGCGACCCUCUGGUAAAAGUUCCUGUGGAAAUCACCACAAAGGACAAAUUAACAAAAAGCGAUGUGGCAAAUAAAACGGACAAAACAGAAAUCGAGCAAAUCACAAAAAAAAAACAAUGGACUAUAGAAAUACAUAUGAGUGAAAAAAAGCAAACAGAUGCAAUAAUAACGAGUAAAAAGAAAAAAAAGAAAACUACUAUUAUAACCACGCACAUGUGUGAAAGUAAUAAAAAAAAUGAACUCACAGACGACACCCUCGAUUCUAAAAGUAAAGAAGAUGAUAAAAAUGUGGAAGAAGAAGAAAAAGCGGUCGCUAAGAAGAAAAAAUUCAAGGUAGAUGUACAUUUAGAAAAGAAAAGAAAGAAAAAGGGAAAACCAGUUAUUAAAAAAAAAAAAUGGAUGAUUGAAGCAAUUAUGAAAAAUGUUGCCCCAAAGAAGGAGUUGGAAAUAUUAAAAGAAUUACCUGUGUCCCAUGUAAUUGAUGUGGAUGUCAACGAUCCGUUAUACCGAACAAAAGAAGAAAUUCUUUUUGAAAGUAUUCUUGCGAACCCUAUAAAAGAACCUAGUAGAAAAAAAAGAAGAGCUCGACUUUUAAAGAAAUUGGCUAUUUAUGGAUUAGUACCAACACUUGCUAUAGGAGCAAUAAUAGGCUUUACAAUAGGAUAUAUUCAUGUAGCGCCAGUAGAUGCUAUAUUGGACUCUACAGCUUUAGGUAUUAGAACGACUGUAAGUAACGUUGCAGAGGGUGUACCUAAAGUUGCAGCUGCAGCUGGGGGGUGUGCGGCUGAGGCAGCGAGUACAGCAAUUAAUACUUUUGAAUUGUUUAAUCCUCUUUCUUGGACAAGUACUGCACUUAAAGUUGCGGAAUGUGCAUUGACUAGUACAGUAACUGCGGCAGAGGUCGUUACCGAAUCCGCAUUUGAGGCUGCUUCCGUAGCUUCUUCAUAUGGUACAUUAUACGGCGUAUUGCAAUCCUUAUUCCCAUCAUUAAUAGCUGUUGGAAUUGCAGUCCUCAUUUUUAUUCUAUUCUUAUAUCUUGAUGAAAGAGGCAAGAUGGAAUGGUUCCAUAGGUAUAGAAGAAAGUUUAUGAAAAAUCUGAAGAAGAAAUAUAAUGAAUUUAAGAUGUCCAGAAAAAUAAAAAAGAGGAGAAAGUGGUAUAAAAAAUUUCUAUCUAAAAUGGAAUACAUAAAUGAAGAACAAAAUGCAUAUGCUAACUGA